CGGACGUACUUGUGCGUGUCUGUUCGACCGAUAAAGGAAUAAAAAUAAAAUAAUAGAAAUAGAAAUAGAAUAAAAUUAGAAACAGUAUUCAAUUGAAGUGAAAAUUAUUUUUAGUAGUAAUAGACAUAUGAUGAAAGUUGUUUAGAUGAAUCUGUAUGUUGGACCCGGGAGGGAGAUUUAAUGUUUAAAUACCAAAAAGACUUGUUCGAGGUUAAGCGUGCUUAUUCUAUGUCAGUGUUCUAAAACAGUGGUUUUUAACAUAUGGUUAAAUUAAUUUUACAAGUGACUUUUACCAGUUUGUUGUAAAAUUGAUUUUUUCUCUUUGGUUUUUGUGCAGUGAAGUGGUGAUGUGUUUGUAUUUGGAUACAAGUGUUAUGGAUACAGUGAGGAUUUUAAAUUAAUUACUUUAAAUUUAUCACGAGGAAUAAAUAAGAAUCUCAUCUCACCAAAAAUAACCAACUCGUCCCCGCCAUCACCAUCACCAUGCUGACACUAUCCAGUUGUCCCCAAUGUCGCCACGUGUUUCCGGUGACGUCGGCCGCAUCGGUCGGGACUCCGACCGCACUUCCUUUCGCCCGAACGGAUACGGAAAGGCGGAUGGCGUUCGACCACCAUUGCAACGACAUCGUUGCAUCGGCGACGACGAACAAUUUCGACGGGCAGAACAGCUACGAUAGUAAUUCGUACGAUAGCAAUUCGGAAAUCAACGAGGACUGUUGUUAUUACGAUUGGAACGAUGAGGAUUACGAUUCGAUGGAGGCAGAAAACGAUGCCGAGAUGGUUACUUAUAGGGAACAUGUUUCGACCAAGAGGCCUAUCAGUAAUAGAUUUAGUUUAUCUGGUGGAGGCCUCAUCACCAUAAACCAAGAAGUAGAACCAGUCGAACCCAUUACCCCACUAGAAGACAGUAGUUAUAACCCAUUAAGAUUUUUUGGAAACCCAGCCUUCAGAAAUAUAGACGAAAGGAAUAGUAAAUUAAACUCAAGUAGUAAAAACCUUAAAAGAAAUCAUCAUAAACCUGAAACAUUGCUGAAUAGAUCGGAGGAUGGCAGACGAGAUUCCAGGAGGGAAUCUAAAGUACAAGUCACAGCUGAUAGUUCUCAAAUCUCGCCAAGUAUGCCACUAACCUUCGUCCUACCUGCAACAACCAGCACAAGACCCACAUCGCACAUCCUGAUGACCCAAAAAUCAGAAAUCCUGCAGCCGACAAUACCACCAGAUUUCCAAAUACUAUCUUACCCUCAAAGACAAAACAGGCCAUUGUCUUUACAAAUAAAUUGUGACACCACAAAGCAGAAUGUACCUUCGUGUAUUGUCCUGAAUCAAAAUUUGAACACGACAAAUGUGUUUCUAUUACCCUGGUUGCAGCACAAUCAGGAUACAUUGGAUUCUCAAAGUGAGCUGAACAGGCUGGAACUGUUAGCGAAAAGGUUGUCAAAUAGUUGUUGGUAUUAUGAUAGUAUGACUUGGCAGCAGAGCGAGGAGUUGUUGAAGGAUUGUGCUUUGGGGACUUUUCUGGUUCGGAAUUCUAGUGAUCCUAAUUAUUUGUACUCGUUGAGUGUGCAGACGAAGAGUGGGCCAACUUCAAUAAGAUUAAGUUAUGUAAACGGUGUCUUCUGCCUCGACUCUCAGCAAAACCUCCAACAAUCAAUGCCAAAGUUCACCUGCAUCAUAAAACUCAUCGAAUUCUACAUAAACUUCACACUUCUUCAAGAAAAACGCAACAGUCACAAAAUCGAUGGCGUCAAGAAAAAAAUCGACAACAAAGUCUGGAUGGACAGCACCGGUUCCGUACAUUCAGAAAUUGUACUCAAACGACCUUUAUACAAAGAGGUCCCGAGUUUGAAACAUUUAUCCAGGUUGAAAAUUCACGAUGCAAUAAAUAAAAAUGGACAGCCAAAACUACCAUUGUUACCAGGUUAUACCAGGCUGGAGUUGCCAAAAAUGUUAGUGGAAUAUUUAGCUGAAUACCCAUAUGCGCAUUGAUUGCGAAAUUUGGUAAAUAACUAUAUCUAGUCUGAACGAUUUAAUUUUAAUAGAUGUAUGUAUUACAACUGUAGAGAUCUGAUAUUACUCAAUUUUAAUGUGACAUAGAUUACAUUCAGUAUUUUAUUUUUUUCUCAACGUAUCAUGAGCAUAUAGUUGUGAUAAAAUAAUAGAAACGGUUUUAGGAGUAAGUAAAUUAUUUUCUUAUUGAUAAUUAAAUGAAUAU